GUGGGAAACCGUUGAAAGAAUAUACGAAAGAAACAAAAGGUAAAAACAGAUCAUUGUCUUACUUCACUGAUGAAACAGGUGCUAAAAUAACAAAUGAUAGUCAUGUGUAUGCAAAAGUCCAAAAGCCCGGAGACGUAUACGAAGUGAAAAUUAAGACAAAUGCAGCAAAUUCGUGGAAUCCCAUCAUUGCGCAAAUAUAUAUCGAUGGAUACAUGGAUAAUUCACAACACAUUAUGUUAUCCAGUGAAUCUAAAACGCAGAAUACUUUUAGUAAUGCGACGGGUGACACGAAAUAUUAUUUCAAAUUUAGGAAUUUCACAUUAUCAGAAUUUGAUCAAUUGGAAAGACAAGAAUCUAGAGGGUUAGGUUAUCCUGGAGCGGUGUCAGCGAUAUUUUAUCUUGCCAGAUUUGUGGAUAAUGAUAUGCCAACGGUUCCUGAUUUCUUGUUAAGGUCACAAGAUGAUACUAUUGAUUCCAAGAAGUUAAAUACAAAGAUACCAACAUCUUUUGAUAAAUCAGAAGAAAAAUUAUUACCACCAUUAAAUUGUGAAAAGUUUAAAAAUGAGCCUAUAGCAAUUCUCCAUUUAAAUUAUCGACCAGCACCUUGGUUUUCAGAUGAGAUCGAAAAAACAUUCAAUGAAGAUUAUAGUGAGGAAUUCAAUUACGAAUAUUUAAAUUUGAUUCAUCAAGGACAUCGUAUAAUGAUAUAUCUUUCGAUUUUUAUUUUCUUUAUAAAAUUCACAUAUAUUUACCGACAUGAAAUUGUUGAAGAAAUUUUACAUUUACAAGAUUGGUUAGAUCAAUAUAUUAUUACAAUCAUUAAAGAACUUUAUGUGAAGUUUGAAGAGUACAUGAAGUGGGAAAAAUACGAAUACCCUGCAAUUUCAUCAUUUCCAUAUAUCAGUUGA